AUGGCAGAUACUAAUGGGUCGUCUGUGACUUGGCCGUUCAUUAGUAAGUUGGAGGUAACACGAUGGGCAGAGUUUACGUUAUGGCUAACCACGUUCUGCCUGGGUGUGCCCGCUAACCUUAUGAUCCUAGGUGUAUGCUGCUCUCGAAGGCUCCGUACAACCACACAGAUCUUCAUCGCAGCACUGGCUACGGCCGAUCUACUCAUCUGUCUGCUUCGGCUUGUAGACGCGAUAGCCAUAGCCUCUGUGUCUCAUUACCUCGACUUCGACUCGGAAAGUGUCGUUUACUUCCUCAGUAUGGGCUUGCUCUACACAACGGCCUUACUGAUCACGGCUAUAGCGUUCGAUCGCUUCGAUACCGUCUGCCGCUCCCUCAAUCGCCUUGUGACAAUCAGACGAGCUAAGAUCAUCGCCGCUGCCUGCUUCGUGGCUGGGUAUAUCGGAGUCAUACCCGAAGCUGCUUACAAACUGCACCAAGGCUUAGCCCUGCAUCACCACGAAAUUGACACGUUCCAUCGCGCACUCUUGAAGUUCCUCCCGAUUUGUAUGUACAUUCUGUCACUCACUGCGGUAACCAUCCUGUACUCGGCCAUUUUUAUCUUUCUCCACAAACGCCAAAAGAACGUAGAACCAGAACUUACUCAACAUCGUCUCCGUAUCUGCGCCAUCAGUGAUCAAAUACAACGCGAGGUUGCUCCAUCAACCUCAGCUCCCCUCGGCACUAUUGAGGAACGUCAGCAUGAUUCUACUAGUACUGGCGCUGGCGGAUCUGAAGGAGUCAAGAAUGCCGCAAGAUGUGCUUCGGGUUACCCAUCCACAAGCACCAGCCGAGUUGGUGUUAUCCAGGUAGGCACUGAUGCACAGUCAAUGGAUAGUACCAGCUCACGCGCGAAUAAUCAGGAAGCUAAGAGGUUUAGGAAACCAGAAGCUGGUAUCCACCAUCCCACCGCACAGGGUAGACCACAACGUCGCAACAUAGCCCAGUCUCGUAUUACCAGGAUGCUUUUCAUAGCUACCUUCAUGCUCUUCAUACUUUGGCUGCCUUACUUAACCCUCAGGAUCUACGCCUUAGGGAGCCUGUACGUAGACUUCCUCAAGUCCUCCCACCACGCAAGUGUAGUAGCUGCAAUGCUUGUUUUCCGUGACGUCGUAUAUCUCAACAGCGUCAUUAACGUGUUUGUCUAUGGUUUGGCAAAUAAGCGCUUUCGUGAGGAUUGCAACGUGAUUGUUCGAAAGUUACGACAGCGAUUUUAAAGGUAGAGCAUAAAGACCAUUUGCGUCUAUCCAAAAAGUAUUCCUUCUAAUAUGCUGUCAUUUUGAAAAAAAAAAUAUUACGAUCUUUCCUAAAGAUAUGUCAAUUGACACAUUUCUGGAAAGUUGCGUUGGCGGUUUGUUUUAUAAUUGGGCGAAUCUGUGAAUGGGUGGGAUGGAGCGCGUUUACAUAGCACACGCGCGCGCGGUUGAUAUUAUGAGCGAGAAUCGUCAGUUCAGUGUGUGACAUCCAUUGAGUUGUGAA